AUGUACCCAGAUGCCGAGCGGGAGCGGAGGCUCCGGACGAGCGAGUACGAGCGGGAGAAGGCUGGAACGAACCUGGAAUACGCCCGCACACUGCUCACCAGACUUGAGCAGGACGCGCUGCACAUCAAGAUCCACAGCCGCAGGCAGGAGCUGCAGGCCGACCUGAACCGCAAGCGCGAGGUGUUUGAAGCCCUGACCGAGCGGCUGCGGGAGCUUGAAGACCUGAGCAUCGACUCGGACGCCGAGGACGACGAUGACACGGAUGACACCACCGAGGAUCUACUGAGCAGUAUCGUCAUGACGCCGAGCGAGAGCACGAACUCGAGGGAUGAGAGCGGCGGCAGCGGUGGCAGGAAUGACGAGGAUGAGGAUGAUGAUCAUGACCAACAUGGUUGGGGCGAUGUAGGUGGCUACGACGACGAGGCUGGUGAUGAGAAUGGAGACCGCGACAGCAGGCCGGCGAGCCACGGCCAGUCAAUACCAGACACAAGCCCAGACUUGCCAGGCGGGAGCACCAAGGUGUCACAGUCUGUCCAGGCCCCAACGCCGUCUCGUCCAGAUGAUGACAACCCUUCCACGUCGGAGACAACCACCACGACGACAUCGCAGCAGGUCCGCUCACGCCAGCCAGCAGGAGAAGGCUCCAAAGACACGGCGCACACCACACAAUCCAGCACCCGGGCGCAGCUCUUUGGCAGCCGCACAGGCAAGUCCGCUGCGACAACGGAUCUUUCCACGACAGCCACGACGGAGGCCAUCCUGGACCACCAGCGCGCCGAACAGGACGCGCUGACCGAGGACCUCGUGCGCAUGGCCGCGUCCCUGAAGAAGUCGUCGCAGGCAUUCUCGACGAGCCUCGAGCAGGAGAGGGACGUCCUCGACGCGACGGGCCGCAGCCUCGAGCGCAACGAGCUCGGCCUCGAAGGCGCGAGCAGGAGGAUGGGCGCGAUCCGCAAGAUGAGCGAGGGCCAGGGGUGGCUGGGCCGCAUGAAGCUGUACGCCAUGAUCUUUGGCAUGGCGGUGGCGGCAAUCCUGCUCGUGUUUGUCAUGCCGAAGCUGCGCUUCUGA